AUGUCUUCUCAGCCGCUCCACGCUCUCUGGGACGCUUCGGCGAAGACUCCCUUCCAGCCAGCCGUCAGCAAGGACGCCCAAUUCACCGUCGGAUUCAGUCUGCUCGUCGCCGCCUUCAUCCUCUCCGGCUUGUUUGGCUUGAGUACGUGCUCCAAGUACGAACCAAGGCGUCAUAGGAAACGCGUUCUGAUAGCAGCCCAGAUCUCUCUCUGAAGAACCUCCCUCUUCUUGGCAUACCAGCUUCAUUAGCAUUCGGGUAAUAGGACUGCCCGAUGAAUACCGCCUGUUCCUCAGCCUAACACAUUCUCAGCUUCGGCGCCGUGUACAUGAUCUGCGCGGUCGGUGUCUAUGUAUAG